AUGCAGGUAGAUAGAGCAACAGAAGAAGGAGCGAGAGGUGAAUAUGCACGAGUCUGCGUGCAAGUGGAUUUGACCAAACCAUUACUAUCCAAGUUCAAAAUUGACGGGAAUAAAUAUUUUAUUCAAUAUGAAGAGCUGGAGAAAGUGUGUUAUCAAGUGUGGGGUAUACAACGAAUAUGCCCACUGUCUUUGCAACGUCCAGGAAACCACAAUGGGAGAUGA